CACCGUGAGACCCGGGGUGACCAGGGACGGCUGAACCUGGCAGCGGGACCCCGGGCAGGGUCAGGGCAUCACGGGGGACAGCGUGUCCCCAGCUGCUCUGGUUGCCGCCCACCCCCAGGGAAGGAUCCAGCCCUCCUCCAGCAUCCCCAGGGCCAGCGCUGUCCCCGGGGGGACACGGUCACCCCUCUCGGGCCGGCUGCUGGGGGGUCGCGGGGUGGCGCCGUGGUUUCGGUGCGUGUGUGUCGUUUCCCCCCCCCUCCCCGCGGUGGCGGGGGCAUGGCUGGCAUUGCUCGCUGACACCCUAUCUGCCAGGGCCCCGCCAGCCGCGGGCCCAGAAUAGCAGCGCUGCCCCGCAGUCAGCAUGGAGCGACUCCCCGGCCCCACUGCGCCCCAGGUGGCGUUGCUGGAUGCCACUGCCUGCCCCGAGGAGAAAGGGGGGUUGCCCACAGGGUUCCCAGAGGCCCUGUGCCCCAGGGAGGAUGGGGAGGAGGAAGAAGAGGAGGAGGAAGAGGACAAGCGCAGGAGCCCGAGACCUGUCACCUUCACGCUGGGCAAUGAGAUGCUGGGGCUGGGCCCGGGCCCCGAAAGUGAGUUUCAGACCCCUGACGCCGAGGUCUACAUGCACUUCCUGAGGAGCCACUGCUGCUACGACGCCGUCCCCACCAGCUGCAAGCUCGUUGUCUUCGACAUCUCCCUGGAGAUCAAGAAAGCCUUCGUGGCACUGGUGGCCAACGGGGUGCGUGCCGCCCCGCUCUGGGACAGCAAGAAACAGAGCUUUGUGGGGAUGCUCACCAUCACCGACUUCAUCAACAUCCUCCACCGCUACUACCGCUCGCCCCUGGUUCAGAUCUAUGAGGUGGAGGAGCACAAGAUUGAGACCUGGAGAGAGGUGUACCUGCAGGGCUCCUUCAAGCCACUGGUCUACAUCUCCCCAAGCAAUAGCCUCUUCGAUGCUGUCUACUCCCUGAUCAAGCACAAGAUCCAUCGCCUGCCUGUCAUCGAGCCCGUCUCAGGCAAUGUCCUGCACAUCCUGACGCACAAGCGCAUCCUCAAGUUCCUCCACAUCUUCGGGUCCACCAUCCCCAAGCCACGCUUCCUGAAGAAAACGGUGCAGGAGCUGUGUGUUGGCACCUUCCGUGAUGUGGCCGUUGUGCCUGAGACCGCCCCCAUCUACACCGCCCUGGAGAUCUUCGUGGACCGCCGUGUCUCUGCCCUGCCAGUCAUCAACGAUGCUGGGCAAGUGGUCGGCCUCUACUCUCGGUUCGACGUCAUUCACCUGGCAGCCCAGAAGACCUACAACAACCUGGACAUCAGCGUGCGGGAGGCGCUGCGGCAGCGCACCAUCUGCCUGGAGGGGGUCCUCACCUGCUACCCCCACGAAACUAUGGAGGACAUCAUCGACCGCAUCGCCAAGGAGCAGGUAUCGAUGCUCUUAACUCUUAGCCCGUGACGCUCCAUCUUUCUCCACUUGCACCCUCCAUUUCUCUCCACUUCAGGUAGGCGCCGUCCCCUGCCACUGCGUGCCUGUCCCCUCCCCGCCGCUGGGCCACCCGCACCUCCCUGCUCGGGCCAUCGGCCUCCACCUCAGCCAAAUUGGCCCCAGGGGAUGGAGGAGGCUGAGGUUGGGGUCCAGCACCCCCAGGUCGGGGUGGCAGGACCUGGAUGCUGCGCUUGUCCCCGAGGACACAAGGAUCACAGGGGAUCCCUUCUGGGAUCCUGAUCCCUGGUGUCCAUGAGGAAGGAUGUGGGCACCUGCCACGGAGACACCCCCAGGCCCCCACCCAGGCAGCACGUGGGAUGCAGGUUUUGCAGGUCCCUGUGCUUUGGGCUGGAGGAGGGUUUUAGUCUGUGAUGCACCCCAAGACUCUUUUUUGAUCUUGUCCCUCCUGAGACCUGAGCCCCUCCAGUGCUGUUCCGGGAGGGGUGGGAGGGACAGAGGGGACAGACCCCCCCCACUCGCACAGCCCAGACGUGCUGCUUGCCACUAGCUGUGUGUACGUGUGUGUACAAUGGUGGCUGACCCAUUGGCCAUGGUUGGCAGAGCCCACUGCCCCCUCUGCCCAUGGUGGCCCCAAAACUGUUUGUUCUGGGGAUGGGGCUCACUCCUGUGCUGGGACUGUGCUGCCUGGCCACCUGCGCCUGGCUCUACUCACCCACUGCCUGGUGAGUCCUCACUGGUGAUGGGUGGGCAUGGCACUGGCACCCACCGUAGCACCCAUUUAGGGGUGAACUGUGGAGGAGCUGGCCCCAAUGUCCAGCUGCUUCCUAAAGGUAAUGAUGCUUUUUUUGGGGUGGUGGUGGGAAACGAGCUUGGGCCACUCCAUGCCCACCCUUGUGCCCACUCACUCCCCCAGAAAUGCCCAGUUGCUCCAUGGAGAAAGGGACUGGGGAGGUGGUGUGUGUUGACACAGCAGAUGUGGGACACACCUCCCCCCCAUUUCCCCAUCACGGUGCCUUCACUCACCCCAUCCCUGCUGCGCACAGGGGUGGCUGUGCUGGGGGGACCACUGGGCUGUCCCCCCCUCCAGGCCAGCAUCCCCCUCCUACCCCAGGGCUUGCACCCAGGGGUGGAGGCAAGACCCUGCUGUCUCCGUGGCCACUAGGGCAAGUUGGAGGGCCGUGUCGCAGGGUGCCCAGCCCAACACCGGUGCCUGCUGGGGACUUAUGGCCUCACGCUCUCUCUUGCCCCUCAGGCAUCGACCGAUUCUCACUCUGAAGACACCAGGGAAGUGCCGUCAUCUCGUCCAACCCGGGGGUCUCUUGCAUGGCCCUGGGGCCAUGGAAGGAGGCUUGGGCCCCGGAGGCUCUCCGCCUGGAGGGGCUGCCCCGGUCCUGGGGCUCGUCUUGAGUCUGGGGCCAGAUCCUGCCGGCCUCGGGGAGGCAGGGAGCAGGGAAACGGGGGCCCCGGGGCUGCCUCCUGCCAGCGAGCACACGGUGAAACUCAAUGGGCACCGUGCCCCAGGAGCCAUGUCAUGCCCGCAGCUGGGCACGGGGACCUGCGUGGCCCCAGGGGACGCGGCCACCCCUCUCCCACCCUGCUGCCGGAUCUGAGCGCUUGGGCUGCGGCUCCCCCGCGGCCAGCACGGUCCUGCCAGCGGCACCCGGUGCCCGGUAGCGUAGGCUGAGCUGCACACACAGGCUUUGUUGUAGGGGGUCACGCAGGGCUGGAGCACCCUGGCAGAGGCACAGCCUGUGCCGGAGCUGGCGCCAGGGCGGGCACUUGCACGGGGAGCCUGUGCAUGUUUUGGGGUGGGCGGGGGGUAUUUAUUUAUUUGCUAGUCUGUUCAGCUUUGUUGUAAUAAAUAAAGCAGCCUGCUCCAG